AGAUUCGCGGAAAUAUGCAUUCGGAUGUCUGCUAUACGGACCCAGCUGCCACUUAGUUGGCUUAUUAGAUGGAAACGUCUAGUAGCGAUUCGGUUCUAAGACGGACGGGUAUCAUAUGCAGUAAAACGGGCGAAAAAUUAGGAACUAUCGAAGAAGAACUUACACAUUGGAUACAAGACCAUCGCAAAUCUACAACGAAGUCGAUCGCAGAGUACAAUACUCCAAAAAAAUCUGCCACAUUUCACAAUAUCGUGGAUUUGCAAAAAACAGGUGCCCCGCGUCCCCACCAGUCAAACAGCGACCAGCAGAUCAAAAAUCUGGCACCACCCCGAAGGAAACGUUCGCUCUUCUAUGAAAUGGGUGAACGCAUACGUCUUUUCUCAGCGGGUUCGUUUGUCACCACAGUGCCAGUGUCACCACACCAUGUGUCAAAGACGCAAUCAUUGAAUAGUUUCUGUGAAACAACAAAUAGUGCCAAUGUAGCUUCACCUUCUCGACGUCCCAUGAAAAAGAGCCGUUCGCGUGUCGCUCAAGGAUCAGUGGUAUCACUGCAAAAUAAUGAUGACUUCUCAAUAGAUAUGGAUUCAUAUAUGGCAAAAGCCCCAUCUCAGUUAGGAAUUCUGUGUCAGCAUUGCUCCACAACGGAUUUGCCGUGCCCCAAAGCGCAUCAGGAACACGGUUCUCCAUCGUUGCCAUCGCUGUACUCUCUUGCUCCAUCAGAUCUUUCCGGCAACGAACCAUUAUGUCGAAUUUGCCAUUGCUGUUGGCCAUCAGAUGCGUCCGACCCGCUCAUAUCGCCUUGUCGAUGCUCUGGAUCUUUACAAUAUGUACAUGUAUCUUGUUUAAUGCACUGGUUAGAUAUUUCGUCACGAAAGUUGCAUCGACCGGCAGUAUGUGAAUUAUGUCUCUACAAAUAUAGAAGAAGGCGUGUGCUCAAGUAUCGCGAAAUUAAACUUCCUGACUGCUCUGAUCGUGAUGUACGAUAUUAUACGCUAUUCGUCUGUGCUUUAAUUAUGAUGAUUCUUUCGGCUCUCGCUACGAUAGUGUGCUUUCAGCUUGAAAAAUCUUAUUCCACUCAUUCCAAUAAAACGUCCUCUACACCGCUAACUCCGUCAGAAAUCACUCCUCCAGAAUUGCCAGCGCCUACUGAUUUAUUACAUCGUGAAGAUAUUGAAAAUCUGCUCAGCACUGUAACCCUCAUUGCCGCUAUCCUGUUUUUCUUCAGCUUCUUCAUGGCUAUGUAUGCUCAUGUCAAGUCGGGUAUCAGUUUUUGUGGCUACAUCUCUCUGUGUUGGAGUUCAAAUUUGGAAUGGACUAUCGAGGAGUACAAGCAGUCCCGAGAUUCACAGUAUCUAAGUAAAUUGGAAGAAUUACGACGGAAAAUUAAUGAAAAGCAGAAAAAGGCUCCAGAUGAGGUUGAACCGUUACGAAGUUCGGUUAUAGUAAUCGAAUGAACGCGAAGAAACGGGUUGCGUUGCGUUUGCUUAUUGUCUGUAUGUCUGCGUCUCUUUGCCUCGACCACAGAGGCGCACACUGUCUCUCCCUCACUCUCGCCGCCUACGCUCAUCAUCUCGCAUCUCUCCUUAUUUUUUUCUGCAAUGCAAUUUUUUAUUUGUAUGUCCGUACGUCUUCACGCCGCCGUUGACUCUGUGUUAUUUUUUUUUGUUUUUUUUAUAUGCAAGCUACUUAUGUGAUAAUAAAUGAUUGAUCAGAA